CAGAUAUACAUACAACACCUCCAUCACUAACCACAUCUUUGGUUGAUUGUCAGCAACUUUGGGAGAUGGUUAAACAUGAACCCUCAAUCUGGUGAAACCACAGAGAGAUCAAGAUAUUCAAAGUCAAUUAUGAGUUACAAAAAUCAAACAGAAAAUGAAACAUAUGGAACUUCACAGCCCGAAAUUCAAGAACGCUCCUCUAAUCCUGAAAUUGCUAGUGAUUUUAAAGAUUCUGAUGAAUACGGAUCUUCUGACCCAACCCUGGAGGAUACAGUGAAGAUGCAAUCAAAUGAUCCUAGGUCACCAAUGAGGAAACUGCUGGAUCUAAUUCUUGAAAUGCGUGAUGUUGAUCUAGAAAACUGUUUGCAUGUCUAUCAGGAAAUGAUGGAAUUUAAAGAUCCAACAACUUUUACUAGAGAGGAAGAGUAUUCUAUAUGUAAAAAGGCUCUUACUGAAAUACAUGGAAAAACUGAAUCAAGAUACAGACAAGAAAAAGACCAAUUUUGGAGUGAGAGAGAUCAGCUGCAAAAGAAAGUGGAUGAACUCUGUGUGAAGGUAGAAGCAUUUGAGAAAAAAGAGAAUCACAGUCAGGCACAGGCACCACUAGGGGAAAAAAUAGAUAAGAUAAAACAGGAAACACGUGAAAAGAAUAGCUUUGGGGAAAUUGAAAAAGAAUCAAAAGUUAAUGAAGACAUUGGAAAAUUUCAAAGGCAGUUAGAAUCUGAGCAGGAAACUGAUAAAAAAUUAGGAAAAUCUCGAUGA